GCGGGAUUGUUGUCAUCAGUGCUGCUGCUAGCUGCUAGCAACACGCUUACCAGGUCGUAAAUUUGUCGUUUUUAUGUUUUUAUUUUAUUUUAUUAUUAUUUUCCUCAAAUGUAAUCGAGCUUCUCUCAACAUUUUAUUCUUCGUGAAGUAUGCAACAACAACAAGCGCUCGGAAAACCUCGUUUUGACCGAGUUUCACCGCUUUAAAGAUGACAGAAAGCUUCCGGGGGGACAAACUGAAGCGGAGCUUGUCUCUGUCCAAGAAGAAGAAGGUGGAAGCUGGAAGUUCUGCCAGCAGCACCACAAUCACGUCGUUCUUCAGCAGCCGGCCCCCACCGGAGCUGGCCUGCCCCCUGUGCGGCCUGCUGGUCCCCAGGUUCCGGAUCAAUGAGCACAUCGACCUGCAGUGUCACAACUUUGAGAGGGGAGACAGCCCUUCAGGAAGUUCUCAUGUCGUGUCAAACAGCCAGGUGCCACCUAGAAGCAGUCUCCCAAAGUCUCCAGAGCUGGAUCACAAAGUGGAAACAAGAGGAACAAAAACGAGCCCAUAUUUCAAAACCAGUAUCUGUGAGCAGACACCACUGGAGAUAAACAAGUCUGUGGUCAGGACCAUUGAGUUAGGAAGUCUGUCCUCCAAGUUAUCCAGAAAACAUCACAACACACCUGAGAGACGACCCACAGAGGACAAUCCCAGGGAGACGCUCAGUAGCUCUCAGAAGGAAAAUGUUCUGAUCCCGAGAUUAGAAGACGAGGAAGUCCUAUCCUCCAGUGUGGACGCUCCAUCAUGUUCAGAAACAGGACACAAAGCAUCAACGUCACACCAGCCCAGUCCUUCCAAACUAACGAAGAGGAAAAAGGGUGGCCGAGCACUUGGUUUCCAAAAGAAAUCAAAAUAUGAGGAGAAAGGUGUGGAGCCGGAGCAGGCUUCAUCUUGUCAAAGCAUAGAGACGACUAACGUGAAUCAGCGUGAAACUGAGGUUUCUUCUUCCUGUGGUCCAGAUGUGACUUCAGAAGAGACCUGUCAACAAAACGUUGCAGGGAUCAACGGAGAUUCAGGGCCAGGAUCUGGUGCUGCGGAGAACCAGAGCUCCAAUACGUCCUCACUCCCCUACUACCUCCGUAACUUCUGCACCGUGCUGCACGCUGUGUUGGAGAACGAGGACGACAGGGCUCUGUUCAGCCAGGACGACAUGUCGGCUGUGCACGCGUUUGAGCGCUUGUCAGUCGUGGCUCAGAAGCUGUAUGUGAGGCUCUUUCAGAGGAAACUGAGAUGGCUUCAGGUUCAUAAACUGGAUUAUGAGGAGAUCUGCUGUAAUCUGGGACCUGUAGCACAGGAACUGGUUCAGAGUGGUUUUCUACAGACCGAGGAGGACCUGGAGGACCUUGGGGAGGCUCUGGAUCUCCUGCCGGCUCCUGAACUUAAAGCUCUUGCUAAGACUUUCCACCUGGGCGGUUCUGGCACGCAGAAGCAGCAGUUAGUUGAUGGACUUCUCCGCCUAAGCAAACAGAAGUCUUUCUUCUAUCCGGCCUCCGCUCAGAGCAACAUCGGGACGGUCAUCCUCAGGCGGGCGAAGCAGCUCGCAGGCUCCUGUGUGCGUCUGUCUCGUGGUCCUCGGGCCGUCUUUUCUCGCAUCCUUCUGCUCUUCUCCUUGACAGAAACCAUGGAUGAGGAGGAAAUGGCAGCUGGGGGGCAGAACCAGCUUUUUACCAUCCUCUUGGUAAACUCGGGGCGUCUGGCCUUCCCUGACUACACGGUGCGGCGUAUGGCCAAGUUGUUUCAUGAGAGAGAGGAUCUUAUCAGAUAUGAAGCGUCCAUGCGAGCUCUUCUAGAGGUUAUCUCUCAACUACCUGCUGACUGUGUAGUCCUGAUGUUCUCGUCGUUGUGCAGUCUGCAGGAGGAGCUGCCCGUGUUCCUCCGCAGCUUCACCACAGGGUGGGCUUACACCCGAAUCUUAUCCAGAGGAGUGGAGAUUUUGCAGAGGCUACACCGCUACGAGGAAGCAGUAGAAGAGCUGCAGUCCUUACUGAAGCAGUGCGUCUACUGUCCCGAUAGUCGAGGGCGAUGGUGGGACAGGCUGGCACUGAAUCUUCACCAGCACCUCAAGAAACCACAGGAAGCUAUCUGUGCUAUCAGAGACGGGUUGUCGGACCCCCUGGUGCGCACGGGACAUAAGCUGUCCCUCCAUCAGAGAGCUCUGAGGAUGAAAGAUGCUGCCAGCUGCAAGAAGUACCACCUCCACCUCAGAGAUCUGCCCACUCUACAAGUCCAAGAUGUCAAACACGUGACCAUUCGAGGCCAGCUGUUUCCUCACGAGGGCGGCAUGGGAAAAUCUAUAUUCCUGCUACCGUCAAGGGAGGAGGGAGGCGAGGGUCCUGCUACUGUAAUCUGCUCUGUGGAAGAGCUUUGCUUGGCACAUUACAGAAAACAAGGGUUUGACCAAGGGAUCCACGGAGAGGGAUCGACGUUUUCAACCCUGUUUGCUCUCCUGAUGUGGGACAUCAUUUUUAUGGACGGUAUUCCAGAUGUCUUCCGAAAUCCAUACCAGAGCUGCCCUCUGGAUCUUUACACCGACUGUUUCUAUGAGAACAGGAAGGACACGCUUGCAUCUCGUGUCCAGUUACUUUGUGAAGCCUCUGUGGAGACGCUGUGCAGCAUGUUGGAAGACGUCUGGAGCUCCCAGGAGGGCAAAGUGUGCUCACUGGUCAGCUGGGAGCGCUUCUCGUCCCUCCAACAGGCGCAGUCUCUUGUUGCAUGCCUUGGAGGAGCCUUCCUAGGUGGAAUAGUAGACCGAAUGGCGAAAGACUUCAGACACUGCCGUGCAGGACUGCCUGAUCUUGUGGUGUGGAACUCCUCAAACAGCAGCUUCAAGCUGGUGGAGGUGAAGGGGCCCAAUGAUCGGUUGUCCCACAAGCAGCAGAUCUGGCUGGACGAGCUGCAGAAGCUGGGGGCUGAUGUGGAGGUGUGCCACGUGGCGGCUACCGGCGCCAGAGGGGAUCGUUUGGAGUAAAACGAGGGUCUGAUGAAAUGGAUUUGGUGCUAACCGUCAGGGAAUAGACUCCUGUGCUUUAAGAAAACGUGUGUGUUUAUAAUUAAUAAUCCAGAUCAGAGACUUUGAUACACAUCAC